UCGCGGAGCUGAGUGUCACUGACCAGGUUUAAAUAACUUGAAGACAGCGACUCGAACAUCACAAAGCGAGGCAUCUGGAUCACAAGAGAGCUGGAAUCCAGUCAACAGUUUGUCCGUGCGCGCUGGAGAAAUGUUUCUGAGCAAAGCGAAGAAGACUGAUCCGGACUCCUCAUGUUCUCUGUCUGGGGACACCGGCUCCAGCAAACCCAGCGAUGCCCCGAUGGACAGCAGCACACAGAAUGACACAUUUCCAUCGCAAUCCCAGGGCUCGUUCGUUCCGACGGUCACCGCGAUCUCCAGCACGCCGGACCUGCAGUGGAUGGUCCAGCCGACCAUCAUCACCUCUGUGUCUCCGUCUCCGGGUAGAGCCGAGAGCAGUGAACCGGCACAGAGCAAAGCAGCUGGGAGCAAGGGGAAAAGCUCUGCCAGGAAGAGCAAGGGCGAGCAGCUCUCUCCGGAGGAAGAGGAGAAGAAGAGGAUCAGGAGAGAGAGGAAUAAAAUGGCUGCAGCGAAGUGUCGCAACAGACGGAGAGAGCUCACCGACACCCUCCAGGCUGAAACAGACCAGCUAGAAGAGGACAAAGCUGCCCUCCAGGCCGAAAUCGAGAGCCUCCUGAAGGAAAAGGAGAGGCUGGAGUAUGUCCUCGCCUCUCAUAAACCUCUUUGCCAGCUUCCUGAAGAACUGGACUGCCUGUUUCCAGAGUGUCCCCAGCCGCUCUCCACUCCCGAAACGGCCAGCAAACUCCCCGAGGACGUUCCCCUGCAGGACUUGGACAUCCCCACGGUACCGUCCACAGCCAUUUCUGGCAACUCCGACAUCCUGCUGUGCUCCAGCGCAGAGGUCAGUCUGUGCGACCUCGAGCCCUCUCUGGAUAUCAAGGACGAGCUUCUGGACCGGAUCUCUGCGGACACGGCCCGCUCCGUCCCAGACAUCGACCUGACCGGCUCGCUGGGCAUCACAGACUGGGAAACCCUCUACAAGUCUGUGGCCAGUGAUCUAGAACCCUUGAGCACCCCGGUGGUGAGCACAUCCACACCCAGCUGCAGCAACUACCUGUCCGUGUUCACCUUCUCCUGCCCAGAGCUGGACUCCCUGGCCGAGGGACUGGACGGGUGCAAGGGGGGCGUGAGCAAAGCAGACACUAGCGUCGACAUCCUCAACUCUCCCACGCUUCUGGCCUUAUAAAUGCAAGAGUAGAUGAUGUAAUGUCAUGGCUCGUUCUUAAUAUCUACUGGGGAUCGCAGUGGUAUGAUGUCCAGAUGUGUGAUGUUGGUGUGAAGCCAGAUGUUCAAUGGCUGCAUCCGUGUAAUGUGUGCGGGACGGGGAUUUACUUUCUUCCACAGACAUUUGAUGUAGCCCAAAUACAAGAGCAUGGAUAAUUAUCUUAUGAGCAGAUAUGAACUGUGUUCUGGUUCGAAAAGCAUGCAUGAGACAUCUAUAUUUAGACAUCUAUAUUUAUAUGUACAAUGAUGGCCAGAAUGGUUAGAACACUAGUAUUAUCACCAGAUAAAAAAUGGUUUUAUGUCUAUCUUUUGCUGUAGUGUGUCAGUAGUAAAUAUAGUUUAGAUUUCCAAACAUUAAUUUAGUCAUUAAUAGUAAUAAUGCAGUGAGAUGUUUGUGCUGCACACAGAGAUGUGAUCUGAUCAUCAUCAGUCUGUCUGGAGUGACAUGAAGAAACUGAGACAGACUCAAUCCAGAAGAACAAAAGAAUGUUUGGAUGUAAACUGAAAUUUCCUUCUGACACACUACAGCAAGACAGAAAGAACUGACUCAAAACCAUUUUUAGCUGCUGAAAACACUAGUGUUCUAAUGAGCCACCACUGUAAGUAUAGAACAUAUAUAAUAGCAUAUAUAUGAUAUGUAUCAGUUCCAUAUUUGUUUGAUCUGGUGCUAUAAGUUCUGUGGAAUUGACUGCGGUUUUGUGUUUGUUUUCUAUGGCAAUAGAUAUCGACUCGUGUUGUGCUUUAAUAUACACUCAUCAGAGUUAUCGCAUACCUCAGUGUCAUCAUUCGACUGUGUUUCACAUUGUUCUUAAAUGUUUAGAGUUUUCCAUGAAAACAUCCAGUGCUAUCUUGAUGGAGAUGUAUUUUAUGAUAAUUUAUUUUUCUACAUUUUAAAUUUGACUUCGUUGUCAAAUGAAAAGAACGAAAUGAGCAUUGAUUGCGAAUAAAUAUUCAAGAUAUACAGUCA